AGACCGUCAAUUCAGUUUGUAUUAAUGUCCAAAUAUUUUUCAUAUCGCGUUCAUUAUGGUAUCUCAUGUUUUUGCCGUAGAAUGAAUCAGCCUUGAACGUCAUGUAUUUGAAGUAACUGUAAUGGUGCGCCUCGGAACACUUUCUCUGGCCAUUGUUUCUAAACGACAAUACAUAACACAGUACAAUCGGGUGUCACAUUAAUUCAGUACCCUUCAAUUUAACAUGGCUGGGUCAGAGCUCCUGAAAACACUGUUAUACACAGUGAAUAGCAUACUUCAGCAAGAAAAGUAUAAAGCUUUAUUAGCGGUGGUGAAAGGUUUCAGGAAUGGAGCCGUAUAUGGAGCGAAAAUCCGUGCCCCCCAUGCGCUCGUGAUGACGUUUUUGUUCAGAAGCGGGAGCUUGCAAGACAAGCUGAAAGCCAUCGCAAAAGCCACAUACACUCACUCACGGAAUCUCGCUUACUUCGUGUUCAUUUACAAAGGGCUGCAAGCUCUUCAAGUGAAGAUCCAGGGGAAGAGCCUGCAGUCUCAGUCUUUCCUUGCAGCAUGCCUUGGGGGAUGGCUAGUGUUUGGAGACAACAACAACAUCAACAGUCAGAUAAACAUGUACUUACUAUCCAGGAUCCUAUUUGCCCUUUCUCGUCUGGCUGUGGAGAAAGGCUACAUCCCUCAGCCGAAGAGAGACCCUUUCCCCAUGUUUGCCACCCUGGUGUGGGGAAUCGUGUUGUGGCUAUUCGAGUAUUAUCCCCACACCCUGCAACCAUCUCUCCAGUCUUCCAUGAACUACCUCUACCAUGACAGCAACGUGUGGCACGAUAUCUCAGACUUCCUUGUCUAUAACAAGCCCAAGGCAGCAGCGGCUAAGUGAGACCUCGUCUUUGCACUGGGCCACUGAAAAAGAACACAAUCACAUGCCAGUAAUUGGCACAUGUUCUUGUUUUUUCCCCCCCCAGACCUGCCAUGCUUGGAUACAUUUAAAGUCAUGCAAGGCCAAGUAAGUAUCAGGCUCUCCACAAACGUACAAACUUGUGCCAAUAUGGGUGACUGUAACGAGCCGUCUUUUCCCAGGAAGUGAUUUAAUAUUGUUUGAUUACUGUGCAUUCCACUGAGUCAAGCUGUAUUUGAUGUAGGUUACACCAUCAUAAACCUGAGUCCAGUUGAGAGGGAUGAUGGAUCAGGUCAUGAACAUUGUCAGUUUACAGUUUUAAAUCAGAAGUUUUAAAUAGUAAAGUAGCAUUAAUCUUAUUUGCUCCAGGGAUAUCAGCGUUUAGAGCAAAUACUUUACAGAUUUAGGCCUAAUCUGAUGAUGGAUUUGAUAGGAUAAUAAUUAUACUAGUGAGUUUUCCUUUAUCUUUUCCAUAUGGUGUGAUUUGAUGGUGAAAAGUGAUACUGAAAUGAAAAACAAAUUUGUCACUCACCUCAACUGUCAUUAUUUAGCUUUAAUUUCACAAUCACGCUCUGAUGUUGUAUGCCUUCUAAGUGAUUUUGAUUGAACCAGUCACGUCUGCAUUGAUUGAUGUCUCCAGAGCAGAAGUGCAGUGUUAUUUGAAUCAGUUGCUAACCGUAUGAAGGGCUCGGGAGCUACGCUGAUUACAUGUCCAUGGUCAGUGGCUGGCGUGCUCGGUUAUUUCUUUCCGACUUCAUGCGCCUUUCAAAUAUCUUCUUAUCAAACAGGUAUGAAGAGGUCUGUUUUUUUCUUAAAGGAAACAAUUUAACACUAAGAUUACUCCUUUUGACCAUCCUUGCCCAUAUUUCACAUGAGUAGAAAUUACAGGAGCUGUUUUUCUCCCCAUACUAUCUUGCCUUAAUGUGGCUUUGAUUUAGUUUAUAGGAGCAAUUACUAGUAAAUGUUAACUUGAAUGCCUAUUAUUUUGAUUUGUUUUCAAACACUGUCUAUUUUGAUCAUUUUGGAAAUAUGUAAUAUAUAGAUUAAUGUGUUGCAUUAUUAAAUAACACCACUGCACAAUUCUCAAAAUA